CCCAACUUCUUCAGCUCCUUCAUGUGCACCGAGUGCGUCCUCUCUGCAACGGCAUACAAUUGCUAUGUGGCCAUCUGUCAACCAUUGCGCUACCCGGUCAUGAUGACAUACCAAAUGUGCAUAUACCUGGUAGUUGUCUCCUGGUUCAGUGGGUUCCCUGUGUCUUUGAUCAAGAUUUCCUUCAUCUCUCAGUAGUUUUGUGAUUGCCAUGCUACCAGCCAAUUUUUCUGUGAUAUUAGCCCUGUGCUGAACCUUACCUGCACUGAUAUGGCACCGGACUUUGUGUUGAUCUUAUUCACACUGCUUGUUCCCCUCUUCAUCACUAUUGUCUCCUACCUAUUAAUUAUGAUGACAAUCCUGCAGAUCCCCAAUACCCAGAGUAAGGAGAAAGCCUUCUCCAUGUGUUCUUCCCACCUAACUGUGAUCACCAUUUUCUUCUCAGCCACCCUCUUCAUGUAUACCCAGCCCAAGAAGGUCUACCCUUUUGACUUGAAUAAGCUUGUGUCAGCUGUGUGUACUAUUGUCACUCCCAUCCUAAACCCCUCCAUUUACUGUCUGAGGAACGUGGAAGUGAAAAGAGCACUGAAAAAAGCUCUCUGUGAAAAAGUUGGUAUCUCUGAGCUCUCCAGAUUCAUCGGUUCUCUCCAAAUGCAAGGAUAA